AUGGUGGGUCAGAUGGCAGCUGAGGUAGUCACUGACAGCUAGUCAAUACCAAUGAAUCAUUAGUGCUUCUGAUGAAUGUGAAUAAGUAAAUCAGGAUGUUUAGUACAGUAUAAGUGUGGGUCCUUAUGGAUCAUUACUCUAAUGAAGUGAGGGAAUAGCAAGAGGUUCCUAGCAGGCUACGAACCCCCAGGACGCCUGGCCCAAAGAAGCUCUAACCACAGUUAAUAAGAAUAUACCCAUUGGGAGAGAUUGUAAGGUGCCUAUCAACUAGGGUCCUUACAGUGCUUUAACUCUCCUUAAUGUACACUCCUCUCUAACUCUCCUACAGGUAAUAAGUUCCAGCAUCAUAGCAUAAUGAUGGUGAUCAGUGUGAUCUGGCUAGGGUUAAACUUUGGCUUAGUUAAGCUUUGGUUUAGGGAUAGGAUUAUGGUAAGGGUUAGGGUAGGUUUAUGCUCAGGUUUAGGGUUGGUGGGUUGGUGCUAGCUUACACUACACUCCUCUAACGCUCUUCCAACCCUUCUCUACCUCUCCCCCAUCUACCUCUCCACCAGGCAACAAGUUCCAGCGUCGGACCAUCACCAUGGUGAUCAGUGUGAUCUGGCUGUACUCUGGGCUGUGGGCUGUGUUCCCUCUACUGGGCUGGGGCGGCUACGGGCCGGAGCCCUUCGGGGUGGCCUGCUCCGUGGACUGGGCCAGCUACCAAGACUCCCUGAACCGCUCCACCUUCAUCAUGUCUCUGUCUAUCCUCUGCACCUUCAUCCCCUGCCUCGUCAUCCUCUUCUCCUAUUUCGGCAUAGCCUGGAAACUCCACAAGGCCUACCAGGCCAUCCAAAGCAGGGACUUCAACUACGGACACAUCGAGAGGAAGGUCACUCUGGUGAGUAUGAACGUUUAUCUGUUGACUGUUUAUUAACCGUUUAAUUAAAGUUUUUUCUUUAAAGCUGGAAUCCACAUAGGGUGAAACAGUGCCACUGUUCUCCCCAGCACCUUUAUGGUUUUUGUUUUGUUGAUGAAAUGGAGAAGAGGAGCAUUCAGUAGCUUUAUCGUACGUGGUGUUAUUAUAAUUAUAGCUGCUUAUAGAACAAGGAUAUGUAAGUUUACUAUUCUUAUGGACAUCAAUGCUAGUUGUCACAUUCUUCUUGGACAUGUACUUUGACAAUUUUUAUUACCAUUUAUGCUCAUUUAUGGAACACAGAGAGGAGAACGUUGAGGAUGAGAAAAGGAUAGAUAGAGGGGAGAGCGAGAAGAGGAUUAGAUGAGAAGGGAGAUGGAGAGAGAGGAGGAGAAGAUGUGAGAGAGGAGAGAGUGAGAGGAGAGCAGAGAAAGAGAAAGAAUAGAGUUUACCAGUGUCUCUGUGUGUCCCUCUGAUAAUUAUAUAGUGUUUGACAGAGCAUACCGGGCCACCUCCCGGUCACCUCUCUGAUGCUUCACACUGUACAAAUCUGUCACAAUUCUGUCACACAUCUGUUGGUCCCACAGUGGCAUGAAACAUUCCCACGCGACAACAUUGUGAGUGUGUAGUGUGUGCAUCCACACUCCACAGUGUGAGUCGUAUCAAGAGUGUUUAGUUUGUUUAUUCAUGCAAUGUGGAAUGCUUUUUAACGACAAAAUGAAUCAUUUUGAAUCAAGAAAAAAACGUUUUUAUUGAAUUUAAAAUGUUCCUUCAAGUGUAGCUGAAUACAUCUUUCACAUUCACUUUGUUCUUUAAUUCAUGCCCAGUGGUUAGGCCCAGUUUAGUUUGCCGCUCUGCUGCGAUGCAAACAGACAGAUAAUGAAUGAUAUUAGAGCGAGAUCCAUCUCCAGCUGGCGAUAGCCUCACCCAACUCCCGUCCAGAAGGGAGUCAGGUGGAGAGUUUUAUUUUGUAUAUCUCUGUAAUGUUGUGCAUACACAGAGCAGGGAGGCGUAAUAAAUUAACAAAGACAGAUUCACAACUCUCUUUCUCUCUGACUCACAGCUUCACAAUAAUGAUUUAUCCACUCGCUAGCUAUCCCACCUGGAAAGAUAUUACUUUGUUUUUGCGUUGUUUGUUUGUUUACGAGGGAUGAAUUAUAUAAUUCUGGUUAGAUAUCAAAACAGUACCAGUUUUGCUGACAUUCUGGAAGAUAAGAUUUAUCCAGGGAAAACCCUGUUUCACGCUGGUUCCACUACUUAGGGUCUUUCAGACAUGGGGCUCAAGCAAAGCUCAUGAGUGACAGUGACAAAGCGUACAAGUCUAGAUCUAUGAGAAACGCUUUAGUCCCUGUCAAAUCUGGCUACCUCAGGCUUAAGAAGUUUGACAUGGCUGUAAACAUAGUCUAUGUUAUGUUUUUGACAGACAAAUGCCUCCCCUCCCCUCCCCCUUCUCUCCUCCCCCUCUCCUCUCCUCUUCACUUCAGAUGGCAGUGUUGAUCAGCUCUGGGUUCAUCGUGGCCUGGUCUCCCUACGUGGUGCUCAGCUUUUGGAGUAUGUUCCACACCAAGGGGAAGGACAGCCUGGCCCCCGUGGUCUCCCUGCUGCCCUGCCUGUUCGCUAAGGGCUCCACGGCCUAUAACCCUUUGAUCUACUACAUCUUCAGACGCUCCUUCAGACGCGAGCUCCGCCAGCUCCAGGUGCUGAUCUGCUGCUCUGCCCAACCAGACUCACCUUCGUGUGGGGAGACAGGAGAGGAGGGCAGGCAGAGUGUAAGGUCUGACCUGCUACAGAGCCUUCCGGAUGAUAAGAGUGGAGCUCCCUUGGUGGGGAAGUUGGGAACUGCGGCACUGGAAAGACAGUCUGAGAAUGAGCUGACAAGCUCCUGUUAA